AUGAUUUUAGGGGGGACGCUGAAAUCCGGGGGGAGGUUCGGCGGGUCUCUGCGUGGGACGCCAGUGGUGAGGGCAGCCUCGUGGCCGUCCCCGUGGGUGCCACUGGCCUGGGCCCUGUUGUCGGCGGCGGGGGCCAGGCUGCAGGCGCUGCUGGGGGGCAGCCGGCUGCUGCGGGGGCUGGCCCGGACCCGUGCCCUGCCCCUGCCCCACGCGCUGGGUCGGGGUCGGCUCUGGCCGCUGGCGGCGACGGCGGCGGUGGCCGAGCUGGGCGUCCUCCUUGGCUCCCUCGACCUGCUGGCGCCCGUCCUCUCCGUGUUCUGGCUGACGUCUUACCUGGGGCUCAACCUGGCCUGUGCCCUGCAGGGGCUGUUGCCCCCCCCCUGCUGGAGCCCCCGCUGCUGCCUCUACCACUGGGGGGUGUCGCUGGCGGGAGCAGGGCUGUGCCUGGGGCUGAUGCUGGUGACCUGCUGGUACUGUGCUCUCCUGGCCUUGGGUAUUGCUGCCACCGCCUACAAGUACCUGGAGUACCGCGGGGCGCAGAGCGAGUGGGGGGAAGGACUGUGGGGUCUCUCCCUCAGCACUGCCCGCUUCGCCCUCCUGCGCCUGGAAGACGGGCAGCCCCCCGCACCCAGCUGGAGGCCGCAGCUGCUGGUGCUGCUGAAGCUGGACGAGGAGCUGCGGGCGACGCAGCCCCAGUUGCUGGCCCUGGCCGCCCAGCUGCAGGCGGGGAAGGGGCUGACGGCUGUCGGCUCCGUCAUCCCCGGGGACCUGCCUCAGGACCAGCCCCGCACCCGCGCCACCGAGCAGGUGCUGGUGGCACCGGGUCGGGGGCCGGGACUGGCGGCACUGGUGCAGGGCUGGGGGCUGGGGGCCCUACGCCCCAAUGCCGUCCUGAUGGGCUGGCCCCACGGCUGGCGCCGGCGGCACGACCCCGUGGCUGCCCGGAGAUUUGUCGAGCUGCUGCUGGUGGCGGGGGCCGGUGGCCGGGCGCUGCUGGUGGCCAAGGGACCGCUGGGGGCCGGUGCACCGGGGGGGACCCUGGACGUCUGGUGGGUGGUGGGCGACGGGCGGCUGCUCACCCUCCUGCCCCUGCUGCUGCGACAGCACCCCGCCUGGCGGGGGUGCCGGGUGCGUCUGUUCACGGUGGCGUUGCUGGAGGACAACAGCGUGCGGCUGCGGCGGCUGCUGGAGGCCGUCGCCCGCCGGAGGGGGCUGCCCGCCCAGACCCACGUCGUCGAGCUGCACAACAGCGACGUCUCGGCGUACACCUACGAGCAGACGCUGAUGAUGGACCAGCGCUCCUAG